AUGAUCUCGGAGUUUAUCCCAGAAACAGUCGUUCCAGUACAGCUAUUACGCUAUAUCCCCGUGCAUCGGGUUUUAAUUUGCCUGCACUGCCGGUAUGCCAUUCAACCAGGGGCUAUCGUCCGCCAUCUCAAAGAGAUCCACCAUUUAAAGCGCUUGCGACGUCGAGCAUUUGUUGAAUAUGCCUCUCAAUUUGAGUUAGCAGACAUUGGCUCUAUAAUCUUACCAGAUGAGACCCAGUUUCCGGUGGACUCGCUACCGAUCCUCGACGGGCUGGCCUGUCGCUUUGAGGGGUGCGGUCACCUAUGUGCCACCAUCCAGCGAAUGAAGGCGCACUGGUCAUCUGUGCAUCAUCUUAGCCCUAGAAAUGGUGGAAACUGGUGCUCAGUGCCUCUGCAGACUUUCUUUCGGGGAAAUGCCUUGCGGUAUUUUACAAACCCGGCGCUCUUGGCGUCGUUGACUGAUAGUUCAGAAGAACCGAUGAGCGCAAGCGAGGUAUCUUCAAUCACUACUGUUACCACCCCGAAUUCAGGUGAGGGGCAAGGAUUAUCAAGUCUAGUCGCCUAUGAAAAUAACAUAUCGUUGAGCGUUGAGGACAUGCACCUCUUCGAUCAUUAUCUGAACCACACAUAUAAAACAAUAUCAUGUGGCCCAGAAACGGACGGUCUCUUCCGCAUUAUUGUUCCCCAAAUAGCCGCCAGAUUCCCAUUCCUGCUUCACGGCAUGCUAGCCUGUUCAGCGCUCCACCUGGCUUCCAGUAACCCCCCAAAUCAAAGAUCAUAUACGCUCCAGGCAAUCCAACAUCAAGAUCGGGCACUUCCAGCAUUCCACCUGGCCACUAUGCAUGUCGACAGCAAUAACUGUCAAGCAAUACUGGCCUACGCAUUCUUCCUAGUCGUUUAUGGCCUCAGCUCCGAAAGUGAAGAUGAGACACUGUUCCUCAGUAAUAACGAGCAAAGAAGCUCGUCUUUGAACUGGAUUAGUCUUUUGCGCAAUGGUUGCUCUAUGCUGUGUGAUGUCUGGUCUGAACUAAAACAGGGGCCAUUGGCUCCUUUCGCAGCACUAUGGCGGGAUGAUAUCGGCGUCACUGCUGACCCCAAUGAUCCCUUACUUGUAUCUUUGCUGUCUGCCAUUUCAGAGUCCAGUGAAGCUGUCCCUAGUGUCCAGAGAUAUUCGGAUAGUGAUGUGUAUAUAUACCGCGACGCAGCUUCUAAGUUAGCCGAAGCAUUCGAGUUCACCCGACGAUUUGGCGCGUCUCUGAGUGUUUGGGAUGCUCUGAACUCAUGGCUGACGCAGGUUUUGCCCGAGUACUUUGAUUUGUUAGAUCAGAAUCAUUCUGGAGCCUUACUACUCCUAGCUCAUUAUGCUAUAUUGCUGAAGCCACUCCAAGCAGAAUGGUUUCUGAAUGGUUGGGUUACGAAACUGAUGGAUGGAAUUGGGCGAAGGCUGGAGGGAAAUUGUUCACUCCAAAUUUGGAAGUUGUUUUUGAUUGCUCGCCGGGAAUUUGUUUCUUGA